AUAGGAGGAAGAUUUAAAAAUUCUGAUGAAAGAGAAGGUGCAUAUUCUUCAGGUCUAGCAAGUUCUUAUUCUGCGGGAGGAAGAGGAAGUGCAUAUUCUUCCGAGGGAGAAACGUCUCAUUCUUCAGGUAGAGGAAAUUCUCAAUCGGCAGGUGGUUCUUAUUCCUUAAGUAAUCGAAGUUCUAAUUCUGAAGUUCUUGAACUUAAACAUUCUGCAGGUGAGAGAAGAUCUUAUGUUUCAAGUAGUGGAAAUGUUUUUUCUGCAGGAGAAGGACCUAAAUAUUUAGGAGUUGGAGAAAGUGCACAUUCCCCAGACAGUAGAAAUCCUUAUUUUGCAAAUGGGGGAAGUGUUUUUUCUGCAGACGGAGGAAAUGCAUAUGUUGCUGCGGAUGGAGGGAUUGCAAAUUCUGCAGGUGGUAGAAGUGUUUACUCUGCAGAGCGAGGAUCUAAACAUUCUGCGAGUGAAGGAAGUGCAUAUUCUGAAGGACUAGGAUCUAAAUAUCCUGCACGUGAGGGAAGUUCUUAUUCUUCAAGUAGUGGAAAUGCUUUCUCUGGAGGAGAAGGAUCUAAAUAUUCUGCAGUUGGAGAAAGUGCAAAUUCCGCAGAUAAUAGAAAUCCUUAUUUCGCCAGUGGUGGAAGUGCACAUUUUCUAGGUGGUUUAGGUGCUUCUUCUGCAGAUGGAGGAAAUGCAUAUGUUGUGGAUGGAGGAAGUGCAAACUCUGCAGGUGGAGGAAGUGCUUAUUCUGAAGAACUGGGAUCUAAAUAUCCUUCGAGUAAGGGAAGUGCAUAUUCUGAAGAACUAGGAGCUAAAUAUCCUACACGUGAGGGAACUUCGUUCUCUUCAAAUAGUGGAAAUGCUGUCUCUGCAGGAAGAACUAAGUAUUCUGGAGUUGGAGAAAGAGUAUAUUCCGUAGAUAGUAGGAGUCCUCAUUCUGCAAGUGAUGGAAGUGCUUUUUCUCCAGGUGAUGGAAGUGCUCAUUCUGCAGAUGGAAGAAAUGCUUAUUCUACGAGUGGAGGAAAUGCAGAUUCUCUCGGUGGUAAUAUUGCUGAUUCUGCAGAGCGAGGAUCUAAAUAUGCAGCGGGUGAAAGAAGUCCAUAUUCUGAAAUAAUAGGAUCUAAAUAUCCUGCACGCGAGGGAAUUUCUUACUCUUCCAGUAGUGGAAAUGCUUUAUCUGCGGGAAGUAGAACUGAAUAUUCUGGAGUUGGAGAAAGUAAAUAUUCCGCUGAUAGUAGAAGUCCUCAUUUUGAAAGCGGUAGAAGUGCUUAUUCUCCAGGUGGUGGAAGCACUUAUUCUGCAGAUGGAAGAAAUGCUGAUUCGUCGAGUGGAGAAAGAGCAGAUUCUUCAGGUGGUAGUAGUGCUUAUUCUGAAGAGCGAGGAUCUAAAUAUUCUGCGGAUGAAAGAAGUGCAUAUUCUGAUGGAUUUGGAUCAAAAUAUUCUGAACAUGAGGGAAGUUCUCAUUCUUCAAGCAGUGGAAAUGUUUUCUCUGCAGGAAGAGGAUCUGAAUAUUCCGGAGUUGGAGAAAGUGCAUAUUCCGCAGAUAAUAGAAGUCCUUAUUUUGCACGUGAUGGAAGUGUUCAUUCUUCAGGUGGAAGAAGUGUUUCUUCUGCACACGGAGAAAAUGCAUAUGUUUCGAGUGGAAGAAGUGCAGACUCUGAAGGACUAAGAUCUAAAUAUUCUCCACGUGAGAAAAGUUCUUACUCGUCAAGUAGAGGAAAUACUUUCUCUGCAGAAAGAGGAUCUAAAUAUGCUGGAAUUGGAGGAAAUCCUUAUUCCCCAGAUAAAAGCCCUUAUUCUGUGGAUGGUGGAAGUGCAUAUUCUGCGGGUGAAGGAAAUGCAUAUUCUGCAGGUGAUGGAAAAGCCUAUUCUGCAGUUGGAAGAAGUGCAUAUUCUGCAGAUGCAGAAGGUCAUGGAGGUGGAACUUCGUAUGCUUUAGAAGAAAAUGGUUCUGAAACAGCUGUAGGAGUUGGAUUUGGAGAAACAGAAGGAGAUGGUUCUGGAGCUGCAAGAUUAAAUGGUAUUUUAGUACCAGGAUUACUUGGCACUGCUGCAGAUAAAAGUGGUAUUUUUAGCGGUAGAAGUGCUUCUGGAGCAACUCGAGUAGAUUUGGCAGUGACCGCAAGGAAAAAGGGAGGUAAUUAUGUGGAUUUAGGAAAUGAUAUUGCUGCGAGAGAAAGUGAUUUUGAAGCAAUAAAUGGUCGUAGUUCUCCAUCAGCAAGAGGAGGUAGUUAUGAGGAAAUGUUAGUGGGUGGAGGUGAUUAUAAAGUAGCGUCUGUAGGUGGUAUGCCUGCAGAUGAAAGUGCGUAUGCAGCAGCUAGUAGAGGUAGAUACACAGAAGCAGGGGAAAUAAAUGCUGGAGAGCAUGGCCCCUUUAAAGCGUAUCUAAAGCGAUUCUGCCUGGCAACUGACAAUACAUGUGCCUGUGGAGGAGUAGGAACAGUGUGGCAUUAUGCAAUAGAAUGUCCGCUUACCACAUCCUACCACUUUAAACAACCGAAGCUAGAAUUCCUCAUAGCCUGGAAGAGAUCCAUCUGUGAGAAUGCAAAGUUGAAACAGAAGGCAACCAACCUCAUUAAUUUUCUAGAAGAAUACGAGGAAAUCCUGAAAUAA